CUGGUUGGCCAUUUUGUCGCUCGGGGCGAGAUCUGUGAAACCGUAGGAGGGCACAGAGCGGUCUCUGCCCUCAGCAUCAGCGGUCAAGUUCGUGUUCUCCUCGCCUAUCGAUCGCGAGGAUUCGGUUAUUUUUAAUCGCCUAGCUUGCCAAGAUGGUUUCAUUUGAGAUGAAUGAUCAAAAAAAGAUUGGGCUGGGGCUUACAGGGUUUGGUGUUUUCUUCUCGAUCCUUGGAAUAAUAUUUUUCUUCGACAAGGGCCUUUUGGCAAUGGGUAAUAUUCUCUUCCUUUCCGGUCUGAUGUUGACCAUCGGACUAAAAUCGACCAUGCAAUUCUUUGCCAAACCUAAGAACUACAAGGGAACAAUCUCAUUCGGAGUUGGCUUCUUUAUGGUAUUGAUUGGAUGGCCUGUUGUCGGCAUGAUUCUCGAGUUGUAUGGAUUCUUCGUUCUCUUCAGCGGCUUUUGGCCAACCCUCUCAAUUUUCCUGCAACGGAUUCCUGUUCUCGGAUGGAUAUUCCAACAGCCCUUCGUCAGAUCAUUCUUCGAUCGCUAUAGAGGCAAACGAGUUCCAGUUUAGCAUCGACUCGUCGUCAGUGUACGUGGCUGAAUCCAUGUAAAUUUGAAAAAGAUGGAGAAGUUCAGGUCAUUGCACUCUCGAUAGCAAUCGUUAUCGGCUUAGGUAUCUUCUACAUUACCUUCAUUUUGUCAAAUACCAUAUUUUUUUUAAUGUUGAUUGAUGUUUUGCUUUCACCAUGCAUUAUCACAGAUGUUUUACAUCCUAUAGAAAAUUUCAGUCGUUUUUUUU